UUUACACCUCUAUGAACUAUUUUAAGGAUUAGUCUGAUUAAAUGCAUAGACAGCAGAGGACAGGCACCAGACUAGGCAACCAUGAAGUCUCUUUCUCCGUCCGCAACAGUCACCAUAUCCAACAGCUACUCAUUCAGAGCUAACAAAACCCACUCCCAAACCCCUUGUACCAACCUCAGAUUCCCCAUCUCACAAACCCAUCAAAACCCAUCAACUUUUUGUCUCAGUUGUUGCAACAAGUGUUUUUCUAUUAAAGCAUGUGCAGCUUCAACAUCAACAGCACCCUCAGCUUCAACUUCCUGCCACUGGAUGGUGCUAAUGGAGACUCCUCCACAAGGGGUCAUUUCCAAACAACAAGUUAUUGAAUACUAUGUUAAAACCCUUCAAAGAGUUUUGGGCAAUGAGAAGGAUGCUCAGAUGUGUAUAUAUGAUGCUUCUUGGGAUACCCAUUUUGGCUUUUGCUGUGAUGUUGAUGAUGAAACUUCCCAGAAGCUUGCACGUUUACCGGGGGUUUUAUCAGUUAAGCCUGACCCAGAUUUUGGUUCUGUGAAAAAGGAUUACAGUUUUUCAAAUGUUCAAAGUGCAAGUACUCUGUUAUUUCCACUUGGGAAUACCAAACACUGGCUUGUUCGAAUGGAUAAACCGGAGAUUGGCGUUGUUACAAAGGCGCAAAUGGUUGAUUAUUAUGCUCAAAUACUAACAAAGAUCUUGGGAAAUGAGAAAGAUGCACAAAUGUGUAUAUAUCAUGUUUCUUGGAAAUCUAACUUUGGCUUCUGUUGUGAACUUGAUGAAGAAUCUGCAAGCAAUCUAGCAAGUGUUCCUGGUGUUUUAUCUGUUCAGCCAGACAAGAGUUAUGACUCAGAAAAUAAAGACUAUGGAGGUAAUGACAUAAAGACUAAGGAUGUGUCAAUCUCUGCGGAGGCAAGUCAAACAACCCCCACAAGAACAAAGAAGCUUUUUGUGACUGGCUUAUCAUUUUAUACAUCUGAGAAAACCCUCCGAGAAGCAUUUGAAGGCUUUGGUCAGCUUGUUGAAGUAAAAAUAAUAAUGGACAAGAUUUCUAAAAGGUCCAAAGGCUAUGCAUUCAUAGAAUACACUACAGAGGAAGCUGCUGCUGCUGCACUCAAUGAGAUGAAUGGCAAGAUCAUUAAUGGCUGGAUGAUAGUUGUUGAUGUUGCCAAGACUAGCCCUCCAAGAUAUAGCAGGGGCCAAAGCAGAUCAGCAGCAACCAGAUGAAAAUUAAGAGAGAAGAAUAGAGAGAUUUGACCCCAGAAAUGAAUAAUGUUUGUAACCAGCCAUCUACUUUUUGUAGAAUGUUCCUGUGUGACCCUUGACAGAAGCAAAGUUUUUUAAAGGUAAUUGAAAAUCAAUAUUUUUCUCAUGCUACCCUUCUCACACUGAAAUUUUUCAUGACAUUGCAUGUGGAGUGUUUCCUGAUGAGCAGCUACCUAGGGAAAUUGUGAAAAUCUAAAAUAUAUGAAAAUUUAGGGGUCCUCGUGUUAGAGGUUUCCGUAGGAUAUUGUACUUUUUCUUAAUGCAAUUUAGUUCUAUUCAGUU